AUGCAUCUCAAGUCUUAUGUCACGGCCGCCCUGUAUGGGCUGCCUGCCUUAACAUCCGCCGCGCCGUCCCCUUCCUCCUCAGCUUCGACUUCCUCGCCAUCGACCGGUCCAGAGGCCGAUCACUUCAAGAGCUACACAAUUAAGGCGGAGAACAUCACUGCGGAGUUGAUUCCCUACGGCGCGCGUCUCACCUCCUUGCUUGUCCCAGAUCGCGACGGGAAGGUACAAGAUGUGGUUGUGGGUUAUGAUGACCCUAAGGAAUAUCUUCACGAUAGUGAAACCAACCGCACUUUCUUCGGUGCGGUUGUUGGUCGCUAUGCCAACCGCAUCAAGAACGGUACCUUUACCAUUGAUGAGAACACCUACCAAGUUCCUGAAAACGAGAACGAUGGCAAGGACACUCUCCAUGGUGGAUUCAUCGGCUAUGACCAGCGCAACUGGACAGUUACUGCGCAUACCGAUUCUGCCAUCACUUUCACCUUGUUCGAUCAAGGCUUUGAGAAAUUCCCCGGCGAUGUCAUCACCCAUGCUACCUUCAGCGUCUCUACUGAGAAGAGCCCUGCCAAUCCCAAGGGUCUUCCCCAGCUGAGCUCCAAGAUCGUGUCUCUGUCUCUUACAAAGAAGACCCCCAUCAUGCUUGCCAACCAUAUUUACUGGAACUUGAACGCGUUCCAGGAGUCCACCGUGCUGAAUGAUACCAGCUUGCAGCUGCCCCUUUCUCGCCGCUACAUCGGCGGUGAUAGCAUUCUCAUUCCCAAUGGCACCAUUUUGGACGUUGAAAGCACCUUUGAAGGUGCCCUCGACUUCACCAGCUCCAAGCUUAUUGGCGAAGACAUCGAUAAGACCACUGGUCUUUGUGGCACUGGCUGUGUAGGCUAUGAUACCUGCUUCCUCGUCGACCGCCCCUCCACAAACUCGGCUGAUUCCCUAUCUACCGCUCUGCGCGCAUCAUCCAGCACCACUGGUAUUACUUUGGAAGUUGCAACCAACCAAGCUGCUCUCCAGAUUUACACUUGCAGUGGCCAGAACGGGUCUAUUGGAACCAAGGCGUCGCAGGCUAAGCGCAACAAGGCAAACGGCGGUGAUGCUGGUGCCACUCAUGUUAACAAGUAUGGCUGCUUUGUCAUUGAGACCGAGGACUGGAUCGAUGGCAUCAACCAGCCUCAGUGGGGACGUACUCCCUACCAGGUCUUUGGUCCUGAAGAUGGUCCUGCCGUCAACUGGGCUACUUAUCAGUUCGGUACUGACUAG